ACUGGAGAAACGAUACGAUCUAGACUGCACUGCACUGCAGAUUCAGAUGCAUUCUUAUUGGCAUGUUUACAACAUAGUCUAGGGCUAGCAGUCGCAACUUGUGUAUUAGUUUGUGAAUCGAGAGGAGAAAUCAAUUGCUUAACGUUAGUUAAAUUGGUAAUAUAAACGUGCACUAACAGUGAUGGAUGCAAUGGAUCGAUUUAGUGAUAAAGUUGUUUGUAAAAUCGGCCCUUCAAUUCUAAAUGCCGAUCUGUCUAACUUAUAUCAAGAGUCACAAAAAUUGUUGGAUUGUGGAGCAGAUUAUCUUCACUUAGACGUAAUGGAUGGACAUUUCGUCCCCAAUAUUACAUUUGGCCAUCCUGUGGUAAAAUGUUUAAGGAAUAAAAUUAAGAAUGCCUUUUUUGAGACACAUAUGAUGGUAUCAAACCCAGAACAAUGGGUUGAAGAGAUGGCUGCCAGUAAAGUGGACCAAUACACAUUUCAUGUGGAAGCUUCCAAAAAUGUGCCUCACACCUGCUGGAAAAUAAGAGAGGCUGGUAUGCAGGUGGGUAUUGCUCUCAAGCCGGGAACUCCAGUGGAAGCUGUCAAAGAAUAUGUAGAAAUUGCAGAUAUGAUUCUCGUGAUGACAGUGGAGCCUGGUUUUGGAGGUCAGAAGUUUAUGAAUGACAUGAUGCCUAAAGUAAAGUGGCUGAGGGAUAACUUCCCAACUCUGGACAUUGAGGUAGAUGGCGGAGUAGGACCCAAUACCAUACAAGCUUGUGCUGAUGCUGGUGCCAAUAUGAUAGUAUCAGGGACUGCUACAAUCGGGGCUCCUGACCCCAAGAAGGUGAUAAAGACCAUGCGAGAUGUUGUUCAGAGCAGUAUAGACAAGAGGAAAAGUUGAGUUCAACUGCAAGAGUUGAACUUUUAUCUCCACUGACUGAUUAGAAAAUAUUCAUUACAUUCCACACAAAUAUGGGGUUUAUUAAAGAUGAAAUAUUUUUGUAACAAAUCUGUUGAUGUUAUAUGGUUUAAUAUAAAAUGAUGAUUUUGUUAAAA